AUGGCCAGGACCUCGUCAAGGGAGAAAGGGAAAAAUCUUUCAAGACGCGAACCCGAACGGCUCUUGUUCGGGGCUCUCUGUUCGAGCGUGCAUCAAUCCAGACCUGCCAAGAAGCCUGAGGCUGAUUCCAGCCCGCCAACUUCUCAAGAACCCCUAAACACACGACAUUGUCAAUACUCCCAGACAUAG